GGGACACUGAUGAGGACGGAUACAUGACACCCAUGAAGGACAAAAGCUCUUCAGAGUAUCUGAAUCCCAUUGAAGAAAACCCGUUUGUCACGCGACGUAAGAACGGCGAGAUCCACGCCUUGGACAACCCCGGCUACCACAGCACGCCCAACAGCCAGCCCAAAGGAGAGGACGAGUACAUCAACGAGCCGCUGUACCUCAACACCUUCCACAGCCCCGCUGAUCUGGGCCUGGAAGCUCUGAGGAGAAAUGGUCUGCCCCUACCCGUCCAUCCCACUUGCUCUAUUGCUUCUUCAGGCUCCCACCUCCCGCUUACAAUCCAAACCAGCCUACCCCACUACCCCCUCCCCACGGCCCUGCCCUCACCAUCUGGCCUGCCUUGCCACCACGGCCCAGCGACCCACAUCCUCCACACCCACCACACCAUCAAACCCGCAGGAAAUCCAGGUGGCGGUAUGGUCAGCCAAACAGGAACGUCUGCCCAGGCCCAGGUGUGCCAAUCUGGCGCCUUGUCCACUUCGGCCACCAUCGGGCACGGCAACCUGCCAGCCUACCAGAUCCACGCCACCUCGCACCCAGCUAGCUUGCUGAAGCACGGACAGACAACAGGUAAACUCAGCGGGAAGAAGUUGAAGGUGACCUUUGACAAUCCGGAAUACUGGCAGCACAGCUUGCCUCCCAAAUCGUCCAACCAGGCGAUCCCGGAGGGUGCACAGGGCGGUUCCACCAACGCCAUGCUCUUCUACAAGCAGAACGGACAUAUACGGCCGGCAGUAGCUGAAAACCCUGAAUACAUGUCGGACUUUUCCCUGAAGUCCGGCACCGUCUUGCCGCCUCCACCCUACCGGCAGCGGAACACUGUGGUCUAAAUCGUUCUAUUUGACAAACGUUCCUCAAUGUGACUCUAGCCUCCAGCAACCCAGACAUCCUCUCCGGUUCCACUGUCCCAUACAAAGGGGAGCGGCAACAACCAGAGCCCCCAAUUGUUUUCAAACAACGUGCCAUCUGCUGUAGAUUGUAGUGACAUCUGGAGGAGGUGGUCCAAACCGAGCCAAGCAGACCCACGCACCUUCACUAUAUCCAAUCCAGUCCAUUUCUGUCCUGUAGAUAGAGACUGCGCUCCAUUUCAGUGAGAACGUGAAGGAUAAAUGACUGUCACAAAGCAGUGGACGUACUGUGUUGUCCCAGCACAAUAUAACUACAGUGGCGUCAACAAAGAUGGACCUGAACUCACUGCCAGCCAUUGUGGAGUCAGCUUCAAGAAAGGAAGGACGUACGAACGUCUGGGGAUGGACAAUACGCUUCUAUGGGUUUGUGAGAUAAGCAAACAGAAAGAGCAAAUACAGUCGGUUGGAUGUUAAGAUAUCUUGUUCUGUGAAUGACCUUGUAGAGUGAGGAAAAAUACUGAAAGGGUUGUGUCAGGACUUCCAGCUUCAUGAAAGCUGAUCAAUCAUAUUCAAUCAUUUUGCCCAUAGGAUUAUACCAUCAAAUUCUCAAAUUCUCCAUCAAAUAUGUGAAACUCAUCUUUCUACUGUUACUGUGAUACUGUGAUGGCCCAAACUACCUUUCACGUGUGUAGUUCGACCAUGGACUUGCCUGAAAAUACACAGGGCAACUGCUGUUUUGUUGUUUUUGCUGUCUACUUGGAAAAGCUGUGCGAAAACAGCCUUUUUCCGAGCCAAAGGGAAUAAGGGAAGAAAUACACUGUAAACAUUUUUAUAGACACUGGUUACAGUGUUGCCACAAUGGAUUUGUAUACACUGGUUUUCCCAUUCAGACCAGGAUGCUAACGUAGAUGUGUAAAGAAUGUCAUGCCAUGAGAGCAUAGAGUCCUGAAUCUGCUGAAUAAGACCAACCACAAAGCAGCCAAACUGAGAACGGUGAGACACAGUGAGAGAAGGAGCUAAAAAAUCUUGAGGGGAAGGAAAGUUCUUA